UGGGAAGAUGCCUGUGCAGUUUGAAGCCUUUUGCUCAGGGGGCCUGGUCCCAGGCUGGAGUCUGAUCGUCCAGGGUCAGUCCAACUCCAAAGAUGAUGAGUUUGAAAUAAACUUCCUCUCUGAGUCAGGUGAAAUCGCUUUCCACUUCAAACCUCGAUUCUCCAAUGGCACCUUGAUCUUCAACUCCUUCCAGGGCAGUCGUUGGGGUGAAGAGGAAGUUUACAACGUCUUCCCUCUGGAGCUAAAGGAACCAUUCGAGAUUGAAAUCUUUUCAGAUUCAGAGUAUUUCCAUGUCUUCAUUCAAGAGAACAAGGUGGCACAGUAUGAGCACCGUCUGAAGCCACUGGCCUCCAUCACCAAGGUGCAAGUGUUGAAUGACCUCAGAUUCCCAUUGGUGGAGCUUUCCAAGAAGCGCCUCUAUCUGGGAGAUGGGAGGCUCUAACCUGCUGCUGAAAAUCACUGGUGUUGGAAAGAGAUUCAAGCCCUAACCAUGCCGAGAGAUCUCCAAGGAUGCCAGGGAGCAGCAGUGCCCACCAGAGACAGAUGUGUGUGUUUGUGUGAGUGUGUGAGUGCUUUUCUUGACAGGAGAGGCACUUUAGCCCAUUGGCUUCACCAAUAAAAACUGAAACAACUCCUGGGAAAGUGGGUGGUGAGCUGUUAUGGGGUGAGGGAGGGCAGAGGAAGGAUGGGGAUGGUCAGCUGGGUGAGGAAUUCCACUCCUUGGAGUCUUUGAUCCUCACCCCCUUAGAACACAGCUUCUGCCUUUUUUUUUUAACUCUGCCUUGGGGGAUGGAAGGGGAGCAGCACCAUUCUGAGCCCUGGGAAACACUGCCUAGUCACCUGGUCUCCUGGGAAAAGAUCUGUCUAGCUCAUCACUCAAACAUUUAUGGACCCCUCACCCGGCAGAAGGACUCCACUGCUGAACUUCUAAAAAUUUGGAAGAGAUGAACCUCACAGAGUGUUUUAACAUUCACAAAUACUCUACAUAUGUGGUUUUAUUAUUUGAGCCUAAUACCAACACUGUGAGGUACAUAGAACAAGUACUAUUAUACCCAUCUUACAGAUGGGAAAUCGAAUCUCAUGAAGGUAAAGUGACUUGGUGAGGGUCCCAAAUAGCCAGAGCUGACUCCAAAUCCUGUGUAACUAUUCACUACAUGAAGUAAAUACAUAGUACAAAACGUGUUUUAUCCCUGUUGACCCAGGCCACUACUACAUAGGAAAAUAGAUUUAGAGCUGAAAGAAACUCUGGACACCAUCAAGACCAGCAUUCUCAUCUUACAGAUGAGGAAACUGAGGUGCAGAGAGAUGCCAUGGGUCACACAGCUAAUAAGUUAAUGAGGCAGAAUGCAAACCCAGGUUUUCCCGACCCCCAAGUUGAGCACUCUGUCUACUAUUCCACAUAAGAUUUAGAAAAAGGUGGGUCCCUCAAGUAGUAAGGUUGGUAAGUGCCAGGGUCAUGAUUCCAACUCAAGGCUUCUGACUCCAAAAUCAUUUCAAAUUCCCACACUGGUCUCCUCAACAGGGACUUGACAGAUAGCCUGGUCUUUUAUGAAACACAUUUAAACCCUGUUGGUGGGAGGUUUAAUUCCUACAAAGGUUACCACAGGUGGCUUAUCUCACUCUUUUUUAAAUAGUUUUUUAUUUUUUUCCAAUUACAUGUAAAGACAAAUUUUAACAUUUUAAAAAAAAUUUGAGUU